AUGGCUGGAGGCAAAGCUGGAAAGGGCAGUGGGAAGGCCAAGGCUAAAGCCUUAUCUCACUCACAAAGAGCUGGACUACAGGUCCUGGAAUUGGCAGGAAAUGCUUCCAAGGAUCUCAAAGUAAAGCAUAUCACUCCCUGUCACUUACAGCUUGCAAUCCGUGGUGACCAAGAGCUGGAUUCUCUCAUCAAGGCUACCAUAGCUGGGGGUGGUGUGAUCCCUCACAUCCACAAAUCUCUAAUUGGAAAGAAGGGACAGCAGAAAAUUGCUUAGAGGGUUGUUUAGCUCUUUUCCUCCCCAUCACUGUACUGUAACUGGGACAGAAAAUAACAGUGGAGAUGUGUGGAAU